AAUUUGCCUGCACUUUCGGAUCUUGUUCAAUUCAGUCCGUCUGAUUUCCUCGAAAAAAGAUUGAAAAGUAGAGUAUUUUCUGUUCGCCUUUAAAAUAAUACUACGAUGGGUGCCGUAUUGGGUGCUUGUUCGGCAGCUUGUUGUGCAGCAAAUCUUGCAUGUUGCUGUGGUUCAGCUGCGUGUGGCUUGUGCUGCAAGUCUUGUCCAACAUGCAGGAAUUCGACGUCAACGAGAAUUGUAUACUCGUUGUUCCUUCUGUUUGGUCUAAUUGCGUCAUGUAUCACUCUCAUUCCUGGAAUAAGAGAAAAACUGAAUUCUAUUCCCCACUUUUGUGAGAAAACUGGUAGCACCUGUGAUAAUAUUGUUGGAUACCUGGCUGUCUACCGGAUUGGACUGGGAAUGGCAGCCUUCUUUUUGCUGUUUUGCAUUAUUAUGUAUGGAGUUUCCAACAGUAAGGACUGCCGAGCAGGUUUACAUAAUGGUUUUUGGGGGAUCAAGAUUCUCCUGUUCAUUGGAUUGAUUGUUGGUGCUUUCUUCAUCCCCAAUGGACAAUUCUCAGAAGUUUGGAUGUACGUUGGAUUGGUUGGUGCAUUUCUCUUCAUAAUCAUCCAACUCAUCUUGCUCGUUGACUUUGCUCACUCAUGGAACAGCUCCUGGGUUGAAAAGAUGGAGGAGUCAGGAUCCAAAAUCUGGGCAGUCCUUCUCCUGAGCUUCACCUUCUUGAUGUAUGGAAUCUCCAUUGCCGGAACUGUGUGCCUCUAUGUUUACUUCACUGUUUCUGAUGUAUCAUCCUGCCAUACUAACAAGUUCUUUAUCAGUUUUAACCUUAUCCUAUGUGUGGUGGCAUCUGUUCUAGCUAUUCACCCCAAGGUCCAAGAACAGCUCCCAACAUCAGGUCUGUUACAGUCUUCUGUUGUAACCCUAUAUACAGUAUUUUUGACAUGGUCAGCCCUUUCCUAUCAACCAGAUAAAAACUGCAACUACAUGUAUUCAAGCCAAAUCAAAGUGGGAGGACUUGACAGUCAAGCUGUCAUUGGAGUCAUCCUCAUGUUCCUAAUGGUCAUCUAUGCUAGUAUUCGCACUUCCAGCAACUCACAGGUUGGACGGCUUGGCAUGAACAAGAACAGAGGAAGCCCUGCAAACCUUGAUACAGAGCAAACGGUCAUAGAUGGACCAGGAGAGACCAGAAGUGAUGUUGGCCUGGUAGAACAAGGAGGAAGUGACCCAAAAGUAUAUGAUGAUGAAGAAAGUGGGGUGGCAUAUAGUUACUCCUUUUAUCAUUUCAUGCUGUUCCUGGCAAGUCUGUACGUUAUGAUGACUCUGACAGACUGGUACAAGCCUGGCAAAUCUGCCAGCUUCGAUCAGCUAAGCUACAGUGAAGCAGCAGUAUGGAUCAAGAUGGUGUCCAGUUGGCUGUGCUUAUUGGUUUACACCUGGACUCUGAUAGCACCAGCUCUCUUCCCAGACAGGGACUUCUCUUAAAUAUUACAACACCUUCCAGAUGAUGAGAAAAUGGGAAAAGAGAAGAGGGAUGUGAAUGUGUUCUUUCCAUAUUUACUUGUUGGGACUAGCUUGAAAAAACACUGAACCUCCACACAGUGUGAACCAAGGAAAUGAAAAAAGUUCAAACAUUGGACCUACAGCACUUCUCUAUCACACGUAAAAUUGUACAAUUUUCUGUCACAACAAAAAAAGAGCUUUGGUGGUUGUCAAUCAAAGUGUUUCCAUAGUUAACAUUGUCGUAACAUGCACCUAUAUGGACUGUUAUGGAACUGCCUUGAUUGGCAUCCACCAAAACCCACUUCACAGUUAAAGACAAUUGUACGAUAGAGAUAUUGAUAUCUGUGUGGAAGGUUACAAUUUGUAGUUUCAGAAAGUUAGAAUCUAGUCAUAAGUUUGAUUAUUGCAUUUGGAGUUUUUGCCUUUUCAUAAGCUUAUUGUAUUGGCAUGAGCCAUGUAUUGUGCUGUUCAUAGAAUGUUUAUUGUAGCUGACCAAUAGGUUCUUGGCUAGUGCUCAGCUGCUGUCAGGGAUAUGAAUUAUAAAGAGAUAUUUGUCAAAUAUAUUUUAGUGAAUGUUAUAGCUAAUCUAGGUCACGUGUGACCAAUAAUUCCGAGAAGUCAAAUGUAGAUUUCAAGACUUCAUAUUUUAGUUUCAAAUCUCCAAUCAGCCGACUCUGAUAUUUCAAAUACCAUUCAGUAAAAAAUUAAGUUUUGAACACGCAAUCAGGAAUGAUUGUGAAAUAUUAUCAAAAAAGAAUUCACUUCAAAACCACAUCACUGAGAAUUAGCAACCACAUGGCUGAGAAUUAGCUUGAAAUUUUGUAUUUUUUAAGUUAAAAGUAAUUGCAUCGCCAGAGUCGAGUGUUGACAGAGCUGCUGAAAGUCCAAUCAAAACGUUAGAAAUACUGGUCCCAUGUGAUGUAGAUUAACUGUAAUUGCAUAAGAAGAGAUAACUAGCUAAAAACUAGAGUGAGCUGCGUCGGUGUUUCUAAUGAAACAGUAAUGAUAAAAAGGUAAAUUAUACACCUUGAAAAAAAUGAAAAAAUUUACUGACAUUUCGGACGCUAGUCCUUCAUCGGAGUAAAAGCAUAUCUGCUAGCUAAUUUAAACAAGUAGUGAUAUAUAUGUGUAUGGCAUGCACUCUAAGCCAAUAUAUAUCAAGAUGAUCUUUUUUAUAAAUAAACACUUGAAAUUCAUACUAAUUUAUUUUGUUAAGAAUGAUAAUAAUGUACAUGUAGAUUUAUUAACAAAAUAUAUAAACUAAAGAUAUUAGACUAUCAGUAUGUACAUUAUCAUAAUUAGAAUAAAGAUCAUGAGAAAUGCAAA